AUGUCCCUAAAAAUCACCAAGAAACACAACAGACAUCUCAACAAUCCCUUCCCUUCAAAACCCAAAUCUUUACCCUUCAAACAUGGCACUCUUUUCUUAAAUUCCCAAACUACCCUUCCACCUCACCAAAUCUUCCCUAUUGGAAACGAUUUUGAAUUAAUUUGGAGAUCAGAAAAUGGAGGAUGUGUUUCCAUUUCUCAUAAAUCCAAUCCCACACGAUCCAUUUGGUCUACAGUCCCUGGUAGAUCAUUCAUCUCCACUGCCAUGGCAGAAACAGAGGUGGAAGAAAGCAGAGGAUCCUUCAUCAUUAAGGAUAAAAAUGUCCAAUUUAUAUGCAACCAUCAAACUAUCGAAGACAUCAAGGUGUUGAAAAGUCAAACCGAAUUCGAAUUCGAAUCCGGGUUUCUCGAAUUUCAAUCCGAAUCCCCGGUUCUGUUAAUAACAGGUAGGGUUUUUGGCAUGAAGAAGAACAAGAAGCCAUUGUUACAAAAAUGGGAAUCUGUAGAAAAAGAUGUUUGUAGCUAUGUGAAUUAUUUCAUUUUAUUUGAUCAAAAGAACAGUAAUCAGAUUGGGUUCCAAGUGAAAAUCGGUAAACCCAACCUUGUAAAUGUAAAACUUUCACCGAAAAUCUACCGGGGGCAUUUUCGUAAAUUGACCCGACCUCGAAGAAUUCGAAUUCGGUUAUGCGGGAGGAGAAGACACCAAGUGGUGACAGAUUCGAGUAAUGAAGAGGAAAAUGUUGCAAUGAAAGAAAAAAAUGGUUUAGGAAUUGGAUUUUUUAAUAGGAUUUGUGUUACAUAUUCAAGUGAAAGAAAUGAAAGAUUUUUUGGAUUUGGAGAACAGUUUUCACAUAUGGAUUUUAAAGGAAGAAAAGUCCCGAUUUUUGUUCAAGAACAAGGGAUUGGGAGAGGUGAUCAACCAAUUACAUUUGCUGCUAAUCUUGUUAGCUACAGAGCUGGAGGAGAUUGGAGUACAACAUAUGCACCUUCACCAUUUUACAUGACAUCAAAGAUGAGAUCUCUUUACCUUGAAGGUUAUGAUUAUUCAGUCUUUGAUCUAACACAUGACGAUAGUGUUCAGAUACAUAUACAUGGCGAUAGUAUGGAAGGUAGGAUAUUAUAUGGAAACUCGCCUUCUGAGCUGAUUGAACAAUUCACCGAAUCCAUAGGUAGACCACCUGUUCUUCCUGAUUGGAUUAUAUCAGGAGCAAUUGUGGGAAUGCAAGGUGGAACAAAUUCAGUAAAGAAUGUUUGGGAAGAACUUGUGGCUUAUGAUGUUCCAAUAUCAGCAUUUUGGUUACAGGAUUGGGUAGGGGAGAGGAAGACAGUGAUUGGAUCACAGCUAUGGUGGAAUUGGGAAGUGGAUGAAACAAGGUAUCAAGGAUGGAAAGAACUUAUUCGGGAUCUCAGUGUGAGACAUAUUAAAGUCAUGACAUAUUGCAAUCCUUGUUUAGCUCCAAUGGAUAGAAAGGUGGAUGCAAGGAGAAACCUAUUUGAAGAGGCGAAAAAGUUGGACAUUUUAGUGAAAGACAAGAAUGGAGAAGCAUACAUGGUCCCCAAUACAGCUUUUGAUGUAGGGAUGUUGGAUUUAACACAUCCUCAUACUGCAACUUGGUUUAAGAAGAUUUUACAUGAAAUGGUGGAUGAUGGUGUUAGAGGAUGGAUGGCUGAUUUUGGUGAAGGGCUUCCUGUUGAUGCGUGUAUUUACUCGGGUGAAGAUCCGAUUUCUGCUCAUAAUAGAUACCCUGAGUUAUGGGCUCAAAUAAACCGGGAGUUUACAGAAGAAUGGAAGAGUAAACUUAUUGGAAAGGAGAAAGAAGACCCUUCAGAAUCUUUAGUUUUCUUUAUGAGAUCUGGUUUUAGAAAUAGUCCAAAAUGGGCGAUGUUGUUUUGGGAAGGGGAUCAAAUGGUGAGUUGGCAAGCUAAUGAUGGAAUAAAAAGUGCUGUUGUUGGGUUGUUAAGUAGUGGGCUUUGUGGAUAUGCGUUUAAUCAUAGUGAUAUUGGAGGGUAUUGUGGUGUAAAUUUGCCCUUUUUCAAGUAUCGAAGAGAUGAAGAGUUGCUAUUAAGAUGGAUGGAGUUGAAUGCAUUCACUACCAUAUUCAGAACACAUGAAGGGAACAAACCAUCUGUUAAUAGCCAGUUCUAUUCAAAUCAAAAGACAUUAACACAUUUCGCACGCUUUGCUAAAGUCUACAAAGCAUGGAAAUUUUACAGAGUCCAACUCGUAAAGGAAGCAAGUGAAAAAGGGCUUCCAGUUUGUCGUCACCUGUUUCUACAUUACCCUAAUGAUGAUCAUGUACAUAGCUUGACGUAUGAGCAGUUUCUAGUUGGGGAGGAGAUUCUAGUGGUGCCUACUCUUGAUAAACACAGGAAAAAUGUCAAAGCGUACUUUCCUGUAGGAGAAGGUUGUGUUUGGAAACAUAUAUGGACAGGAGAUUUAUACGAUAUAGAAGGUUCAGAAGCUUUGAUAGAAGCUCCGAUUGGGUAUCCAGCAAUUUUUGUUGUUCAGUUUAUUCAUCCAUUGAUUUGUCAUACGCAUUUUGAAAACCCUAAGAUAUUGUAUGAAGACACUAGAAGCUUUAUGCGAAUUGCGACGGAUGUAGAUUACUUAAAAAACAAAGCCCUUCAGCGAACAUCUAACAAGAUCAAUAGAAAUUCAUCUAAUCAAACAGGUGAUAGAUGCAAUUAG